GAAAGCAUGGAAGCGCUGCGGCGGUUAGCGGCGUCGUUCCGUUUGCGUCUGAUUCCGAUAUGUGUUCUCCUAAACUGUCUCGUAACACCUUCGGCUUCAGAUAACACCACAAAUGGAACCUCAGUAUCGACGACGACGACGAGUCGUUUCAUGUUCAGCUCGGCGGCAGCAGCAUCAUCAUCUUCAGGAUGGUUUGAAAAAUUGAACUUGCCGAAAAUUGUGAAAGCUGGAGACCCUGUUCUGCACCAGCCAGCGCGUGAAGUUGAUGCCGUCGAGAUGAAGUCUGAGAAAGUGCAGAAGAUCAUCGAUGACAUGAUUCGGGUUAUGAGGAAUGCUACUGGUGUUGGUCUUGCUGCACCACAGAUUGGAAUUCCCUUAAGGAUAAUUGUUUUGGAGAAUACAGAAGAAUAUAUGAGUUAUUUUACAAAGGAAGAGAUCGAAGCACAAGAUAGUAGACCUUUUGAUCUUUUGGUUAUCCUUAAUCCCAAGCUUAAGAAGAAGAGCAACAGGACUGCCCUAUUUUUUGAAGCGUGCUUGAGUGUUAAUGGAUAUGGAGCUGUGCUAGAGCGGUACCUUGAUGUUGAGGUUGAAGGUUUUGAUCGUUAUGGUGAAACCAUCAAAAUUAAUGCUUCUGGUUGGCAGGCCCGGAUUUUACAACAUGAGUGUGAUCACCUGGAUGGAAUCCUGUAUGUUGAUAAGAUGACACCUAGAACUUUCAGAAGUGCAGAAAAUACGAAUCUUCCUCUUGCCCAUGGGUGCCCCAAACUUGGCCCUCGCUAAUGCUGGUUUUUGAGCUUGAGGCUGGAGUUGCCUCUGGUGGCUGCUUCUGCUUAUACCACUUGAGCUCAUCUUCUGACUUAUUCUAUCCUAGUGAUGCUAUGAAGAUGCAGGAGAAUUUGCACUUCUAAUGCAUGAAAGUGGUACAAAAGUUCUUGUUAGUGUUAAGAAAAACCAUUUGAAUGUGUUUUAACUUGUUUGUACGGUUGAGCCUAAUUUUGUAGUGAAAUUAUUCAAUCAUGAUGUUUAUUGUUUAGAGACAAGACGAGACUUAAAACAGAUCAUCGGAAUUUGACCUAAAAGAAAAGAGCAGACAAUAAGGAAAAUAACUCAACGUUGAAAGUGCAUGCAUAUAUACGAAUUAUAUACAGUGUUCAACAUAUCUUAAUUCCCCGUAA